AUGCCAGAUAGCGGCCUUAAUACUGGAGCUGUGGCGCCAGCAUUGUCAACUGCUCAAACCGAGGAGACUUUCUCUCUAUAUAGAUACGAUUCGGACUUGAAAGACAGAGUUUCAUAUUUGGGCCCACAAUCUCAGAUAGGUGAGGAGUCUUUGGUGUCGAGUCUGAACCAAUACUAUGCUGUGGAGGAGAUAGCGGAAUAUUUGUUGAAGAAUGAGCAGUUUCGCCAUAUUACGUUGCAAUUUCCCGAUUCCUUGGUGCAAGAUUCGAGUUUGAUAGUUCAAUCGCUGCAGGAGAAAUUGGAUUUGAGCUGUUCUGGGGUCAAAAGAAAGAUUUGGACACUUGCUGACACAGCAUAUAGUGCUUGUUGCGUCGAUGAAGUGGCAUCCGAGCAUGUAAAGGGCGAUUUAGUGAUUCAUUUCGGUGACGCCUGUCUCAAUGCAGUGCAGUCUCUUCCAGUGCUAUAUGCAUUUGGGAAACCUUACCUGGAUUUGCCGCAAAUAAUCAGCAAAUUUAAAGAUGUUCACAAGGAUAAAGAGGCCAAGAUCUGUCUGAUGGCGGAUGCGCCAUACAGCUACGGUCUGGCGCCACUAUGCGAUGCAUUGGAGAAAGACGGAUUCCAAAACAUCCUUUACGCCAUUAUCGACGACUCCUUGGCUGGGAACAACGCAGUUAUCCUGCAUCAGAGCAGUUUGCGCACUCGAAGCUACAAAGAGGUAGGCAGAUUAGGUAACCGAGUGCUCGUCACGAAUAAUAACGAGAUAGAACCGCUUGACGCAACGAAUAAGGUCUUGAGAGACGACUAUGCUCUGUUCCACAUCACAAUUCCGCAGGAUCCACAUCUACUUUUUCUGACGACUCAAUUCAACAGCAUUGCGCUUUAUGAUCCAAGCUCCGGCUCUAUCAACGAAGGACCUUUCCCCUCGUUGAUGAAGCGCUACAGAAACAUGCAUAUUGCUAGGACCGCCGGCUGCAUCGGUAUUCUGGUCAACACCUUGUCACUAAAAAAUACAAAGGAGAUGAUCAACACCUUAAUCAGGCUCAUACAUUCCAAGGGUAAGAAACACUACCUGUUUGUGGUAGGUAAACCGAACGUCGCUAAAUUGGCCAACUUUGAGCCGAUAGAGGUAUGGUGUAUUCUGGGCUGCGGCCAAAGUGGUAUUAUUCUAGAUCAAUACAACGAAUUUUACAAGCCGAUAAUCACACCCUAUGAGUUAACCAUGGCGCUACAGGAAGACGUUACCUGGACAGGUCAAUGGAUGGUAGGUUUCAGCGAGGUGCUUGCAGCCAUCGAGGAAGACGUCCAAGAUGAACAGUCCAGUUCUGGAUCUGCUGAGGACCCCGAUCAGCCGGAAUUCGACGCGGUGACAGGUAAGUACGUCAGCACAGCGAGACCUCUCCGACAGAUACGACACCUGGAAAUCGGAGACUCGGAAGAGGAAACCUCCACUUCACUCAUCCAGAGCGUUUCGGGAGGGGUCCUGAUCAAGGGCACAGUUUCAACGGCCGCUGCUCAGAUGCAAAAUCGCCAAUGGCAGGGUCUCGGCAGCGAUUUCGCCUCGCAGUCGCACUACGAAGAAGACGGUGCGACAGUUGAGGAGGGCAUAUCAGGAGUGGCAUCCAGCUACCAGUUUGAUAGAAUAACUAGGAAUGCCAACUGA